GAGACAGCUGAGACUCAGUUUUCCAAAGAAAUUUCAGACAUCCAAAGUGAGGUCAAAUACAAAGAGGGUGGAAAAAAGGAACUUUCCACGAGUCUUUAUUCUCUGCUUCCAGAGACAGCAGAGAUUCAGUUUGCUAAACAGAUUUCAGAAAUUCAGAGUGAGGUGAAGUACAAAGGAGAUAUCCAGAAGGAACUGUCAAAUACCCUGUACGCUCAGAUGCCCCAUACAAGGGAGAUUGAGUUUGCUAAAGAACUGUCGGAGUCCUAUAGUGAGGCUAAGUACAAAGAGGAAGGGAAGAAGCAGGCCUGCACCUCGUUAUACUCUGUGCUACCAGAGACCCUAGAGACUCAGCACGCAAAAGAAGCCUCCCAAUUACAGAGCGAGAACAAGUACAAAGAGAGUGGCAAACAGACACUGUCCAGUAGUCUGUACUCCCGGCUGCCGCAGACUGCAGAGAUCCAGUUUGCAACAGAGCUAUCUGGCAUUCAGAGCGAGAACAAGUACAAAGAACUUGGAAAAAGGAGUCUUUCAAGUAGUGUUUACUCUCAACUCCCAGAGACCACAGAGAUCCAGUUUGCUAAAGCUGUAUCAGAACUCCAGAGUGUGACUAAAUACAAGGAGGCAGGGAAGAAGGAGGCGUCCAGCUCCCUUUAUUCCCAGCUGCCAGAGACCUUGGAGACCCAGCACGCCAAGGAGGUUUCCCAGCUACAGAGCGAGAACAAGUACAAACAGAGUGGCAAAAAGGAGGUUUCUGCUUGCUUGUACUCUCAACUCCCAGAGACCACUGAGAUUCAGUUUGCCAAAGCUGUGUCAGAACUCCAGAGCGAGAAUAAGUACAAGCAGAAAGGGAAACAGGAUAUUUCCAGCAGCAUUUUCUCUCAGCUUCCAGAAACCACUGAAAUACAGUUUGCUAAACAGAUGUCAGAAAUGCAGAGUGAGAAUAAGUACAAGGAAGCUGGGAAGAAGGAGUUUGCCAACUGUCUCUAUGCACAGAUGGCACAAACAAGUGAAACACAGCAUGCCAAAGAGGUGUCCCAGCUCGUCAGUGAGAAAAUGUACAAAGAAGAGGGUAAAAAGAACUCGGCUACUUGCCUGUAUGCUCAGAUGCCCCAGACCAUUGAAACAGUGUUUGCCAAAGAAGUUGGAAAGCACCAGAGUGAUAAACUGUACAAGGAGAAGUAUAAUGCAGAGAAAGGAAAGUCAAGCUACAUGAACAUGAAAACUUUGCCAGACAUCACCCACGCCAUGGAGGUCAACAAGCAGCAGAGUGAUGUUGCGUAUAGGAAAGACAGGCAGGAUCUUCACAAGUUUACCGAGGUUGUGGACAGACCGGACAUCCUGAACGCCACCCAGACCACCAAGCUGGUCAGCAAUGUUGCCUAUAAGAGUAAAACUGAUGCCUACAAUGAACAGUCAGUUCUUGGACGGUCGGACAUUGAACACGCCAAAGAGGCCUCAAAACUAGCUAGCCAGGUGAAGUACAGGGAAACCUUUGAAAAGAACCUGAAGGGGCAGAAGCCCCAGUACAACCCAGGGGAGUGUGUGUCCUUCAAACACACCCAGGCGGCCUCUGCCCUUGCCAGCCAGGUGAAGUACAAGAGUGACCUGCAGCAGAUGCACCAGCCGUCCACAGACCUGCCCAACCUGCUUCACCUGGAGCAUGCACUGCAGGCCAGCAGACUGCAGAGCAAUUUCGAGUACAGGAAGAAGUAUGAGCAGUCUAAGGGCCAGUACCACUUCGCCCUGAACACGUCAGAACAGCUCCACCACAAGGAGAAUGCGGUACUGCACAGCCAGGUGAAAUACAAAGAAGAGUAUGAGAAGUCUAAGGGAAAGUCACAACUGGAGUUCAUGGACACCCAGACAUACAAAGUCUCCAAGGAGGCUCAGAAAAUGCAAAGCGAGAAGGAAUACCGGAAAGACUACGAUGACAACAUCAGAGGCAAAGCUUUGGUGGACGUGGACAUGACCCCUGGGUACCUGCAUGCUCGGCAUGCUAGCAGCCUCCUGAAUGAGAAGGAGUACAGGAAGGACCUGGAGCUGGAGGUGAAGGGGAAGGGGUUGUCAGGCCUGGGACUGGAGGAGACGCCAGACAUGAUCAGAGUCAAGAACGCUGGGCAAAUCCUCAACGAGAAAGAGUACAGGAAGGACCUUGAGACAGAGAUCCGAGGGAAGGGGAUGGAGGUUAGCGCGUCGCUGCCAGAGAUCCAGAGGGUCAGGAAAGCCUCCCAGAUGGCCAGCCAGAAGGAGUACCGUAAGGACCUGGAGACAGAGAUUAUAGGGAAAGGCAUGGAGGUCAGCACAGAUGCUCUGGAAAUACAGAGAGCUAAGAAAGCCACUGAGAUCACUAGCCAGGCCUCCUACAAGCAGCUGGGUGAGCUGAGGGAGAACUCCUAUGGCACGGUGACAGACACUCCGGAGCUGCUGCACGCCGCCUACCUGAAGGACGUAUACAGCCAGAAAAAGUACAAGGAUGAGGCAGAGAAGCUGAAGGGCACGUAUGCAGUGGUGUCAGACACUCCAGAGAUGGAGAGAGUGAGGAACAGUCAGAGGAACGUCAGCUCGUUGCGAUACACAUGGGACUCAAAGUUGCUCAGGAGCCUGAUGUCCUCUGUCACGGAAACACCCGAAAUCGUCCUUGCCAGGGAGAAUGCCAAGAAAAUCAGCAACGUGCAGUACAGGGAAGAGGUUGGCAGUGGGACUGCAGUGAAGGACACGCCUGAGAUGGAGAGGGUCCGGAGGAACCAAGAGAACAUCAGCACAGUGAAGUAUAAAAAUCUGCUGGGCCAAGCCACUGCCGUGGGAGUGACCCCAGAGAUGGAGAGAGUCCGUCAGAACCAGGAGAACAUCAGCUCGGUGAAGUACCAGAGAGGCUUGCAGGAGAUGAAAGGGCGGGCCUGUUCUGCAGUGGACACGCCCGAGCUGAGGCGUGUCAGGCAGUCACAAAACAGCAUCUCCAUGGUAGUGUGAGGGCGGUUGUGACAGCCACACCGAGGGUGGAGUAACACCACUCACAGCUCACUGGGGCUGGGGCUGCAUCACUCUUACCCACCCCCCAACCCUCUCCCCCUGCAAAGGGUAAAUCCUGUGUCCUCUCUUUCCUGAGGAGGGGAACACAGUGAAUGCGUGAACGUUUUAUAAAUAAAAUACUUCAAUACCCCUGGUUUCAUGUGUGGAAUUUUUUUUGCUCACUGACCAAAUGCACCCUUUACACUGGUUGUGCGCGUGACAGCUGACUUGGCUGGAAUUGUGUGUUUGUGUGUGGCUGUGCUGAUUUUAAUUUUGCAUGUACAGAGUAGUUAAUUCCUCAUGGUUGAUUUAACAGAUUACUAAAACUAUAUACAACCUUAGUGUGGUUGUUAGGAGCCUCCAUCGACGAACGCCCCGAUAACACUCCAGAUGUUUUGUGCCACAGGCAAAGUACCACGAGGACUUUGAACGGACAAAGGGCAGAGGAUUCACCCCCGUGAUGGA